AUGUUCAGUUUAACCUCUGAAAUAUGUGAUUCAGCUAACACAAAUACUUUUAGUAAUAUACAAGAAAUACAACCCAAAACUUGCCAAGAAUUGUGGAGAAGGUGUGAAGUAUUGUGUUCGUCAAUUAACCCAUUGGAGAGAAUGAAGUAUCAAGAAAAUGGAUGUUGUCGCAUGUCACCUGUACCUACUACAGAUGAUUUUAAACCAUUAUUUGAGCCAUUGUUUUCCAGGAGAACAACAUUUGCAUUUUAUAAAGAAGUAUUCCAUGUGGACCAAAGAUGUACGUGUAUGAAAUUCAAUGGUAUUGAAGAAGAAUGUAAACAUCCAGAAUGCAAACAGAAUGUGAAAUGCUUAAGCUUACCAUUAUAG